AUGACUAGUGUUGUGUUUACACCUAUAGGGCAAAGGAAUCCGGGAAAAUUCCAGGUCCUACACAGCUAUCCUGGAAAACAGCUGCCUCAGUUUAACCAACGGAAUCUUUUCCACGAAUUGAAGGAUAAUGCAGUUCUCACCAAUGAUAGUACUUUUGAUGAUACCGAGGAUAUAACGCAGGAGAUGCAGGAAAUGCAUAAGCAGAAGCAGCAGCAGCAGAAGAAGAAGAAGACGAUGACAGAAGAGAGGACGAGGAAUAACCCGCGGUUACAGAGUAAUUUUGAAAAUACGGGACUUGGAGUGAAAGAGCUGGAAUCAAUAAUAAGGAGUCUUAGAGCAGAGAAUCUCAACUUGAGGUUUAAGUUUAAAGAGCUAUUACAAUCGAUACAAGUAGAGGAUAGAGAUUGUUAUGCCGAGAACUCAGAACUCAAACAUAGGCUAGUCAAAAUGGAGGAAGCUCUUGCGGAUAAAGGAGAUGAUUCUGAACUCAUUCAGCAAUUGAAUGCCAAAAUCAAGCAUUUAGAGGAAGAUCUUGCGGAUAAAGGAGAUGAUUCUAAACUCAUUCAGCAAUUGAAUGCCAAAAUCAAGCAUUUAGAGGAAGAUCUACGUCAUACAAAUCAAAAUAAUCUGCACCACCACCUCCACAACAACAACAUCAUUCAAGAUUUGAAAAAUCGGUGCUCAUCGUUGCAGGAGAAAAUUGCAAAUUUGGAGAGUGAGAACCAUCACCAGAGAUUGAGGAUCGAGGAUAUUCUUUAUAAAGCGGCUGAAGACAAUAGGAUGGUAGAGGAUUUGGGAGAUCAAAUCAAAUCCAAUACUUCCAAGCAUGAGAAGGAAGUAGAACAACUUAAGUUGUGGCUAAAUACUGCAGAAUCAAAACUAUCGUCAGCACAGGAAGAAAUAAAAAACUUACAGGUCCUGGCUACUCAAUCCAACAAUUUUGAGAGGGAGAGUAGCGAGUUAUUAACUAAACUUCAUAACACGGAGAUGGAAAAUCAAAUGCUCUCUAAAAAGUUAAGAGAAAAGCUGAAUGAACUAGAUAGUGAAAAAUCAAAACAAAGGAGCUUGACUUUGGAGAUUGAACAUCUCAAUGCUCGCCUAAACAGGCAAGGCCUGUCACAUAAUUCAUUAAAGGAGCUAGAGCAUGAAAAAAGGGAACUAAUUAAACAAAACAACUCUUUAAACAGUAAGCUAAAUGAUAUCUCAAGGGAAAAUGAAACACUCAAAAAGAAACUAAAGAUGACUACAAACGAAUUGAGUCUACAGUCUUCACAUCAGAAGGUAUUGGAAGAAAAGAUACAAAAACUAGAAACUGAUGCAAUAAGACCACCAGACAAUCGAGAAAAGGUUCAUUCUAACGAGUUGGAUAGGCUUAGACAGAGUCUUCGAAAACAAGAGACUUUAGUGGACGAUUUACAGUUUAAAUUGGCCUCAAAGGAAAAUCAAAUUGAGCAGCAAUCAGGUGACCUAGAGCAAGUGCAGUUUGCAAAAUCCAAAUUGGAAGACGUAAAUAACGAAUUGAGAGACGAAAUCCACGCCCUUACCGUUGAAGUGUCGCAUCUUGAGAAAUUAAACAGCUUGUAUUGUGAUAAGGUAGAUGAACGAUCAGUUGAAACAGAACUAAGAAACAAGGUGCGCGUGUUACAGGAUAUGAUUGAAGAUUUAGAAGAGGAAAAACAGGAGCUUGUUAAAGACGACAAGCAACUUUACAAUGACAACGUCCAGCUAGUCAAAAGGAUCGAAGAGUUGCAGAAGAUUAUAGAAGAAUUGGGUAUUUCAACGCCCGAGGAGUUGACUGAAUUUGAAAUUGAUUUGAAAAAGGACAUUUUCGAUUUGAAUAGUCGAAUCAAAGCAAGAGAGGCAGCUGUGCGUACUUUGGAAACCAAACUUCAAAAGGCUCAAAACGAUAGACAUGUUAUCGAAAGGGAAACAGAAGAAGAGUUGAGAGAACUUUAUGAGAAGCUUACUUUAUCACAAGAUGAGAUUAAAAUUCUUCAAAGAGAUUUAAGGGAUUCUGAAAUGGAUUUGAAGCAAGCCCAAGAAGACUUGGUCAAGGUGAGCAACGAGUUAAAGGUAUCUCAAGAGGAGUUAAAAACAUCUCAAGAGGAGUUAAAAACAUCUCAACAGAAGUUAAAAACAUCUCAAGAAGAGUCAAGAGUUUCCCAAGAAGAGUUGAAAUUUCUACAAAAUAAAAUGGAAAACAAGCCCGAGCUGCCGCCGGCGAUUUUAGAUUAUGUUGAGUUUCAGCUCAAAACCACCAGACAGGAUUUGGAUCGAGCCAAGGACGAGAUGAAUGUAAUCAAAGAAAAACACGUAAUGGAAGUGCAAUCCAUCAAGCAAGAGCAUGAGCUUCGCGAAAAUGAGCUAAAUUCAAGGAUUAAAAAGUUGAACGAAAAAAUACAAUCUAAACAACUCGAAGUUGAGAGUGCCGUUAAAGAUUGCCGAAAAUUUGCCAACCAAAUCGUAACCUACCGCAGUAACUUGAAAAUUGCAACGGACAUUGAGUUUGCCGAGUUUCUUAAAAACGAAAGCACAUAUUUUAAACAGCGGUACAAAGACACUCAUUACAAAGCAGACGAUUUCAAAUUUCUUUACAAUUUUGCUAUAGAUUCAAUAAAAAAGAGCCAGCUUAACGAAAAUGAGAGUUCAAAGUUGGCAAAAAUAGGCGUAUACCCAGGGUACAUACUUGGAACCGAAAAAAGGCCUAAGCUCACUUUUAAGGCAUUGGCACAGUUUGUACUAGCCGCAGUGAGAAUCGAAAAGAGAUGGCAAUAUCAAAGUCAACGGUUCCAUAAAUUAUGGAAAAUGAAACGAGAAUUGGAUAUCGCAAGGGUAAAGUAUAAGUAA